AUGAGUUCAGACGAACACAAGAAGAAGCUUCUUGACGCUUCUGGUGCCGAGAAGAAAGAGGAACUCGACACCUCUACAGCUAUUCUGAAGAAGAAGAAGAAGCCCAACAGCCUGAUUGUCACUGAUGCAGUUAACGAUGAUAACUCGACGAUUUCCCUCUCCAACAACACCAUGGACACACUCGGUCUUUUCCGAGGCGACACGGUCACGGUCCGAGGCAAGAAGCGCAAGGAGACGGUCCUGAUUGUGCUUGCCGACGAUGAUCUCGAUGAUGGAAGCGCCCGUAUCAACAGGGUUGUCAGGCAUAACUUGCGUGUCAAGCACGGUGAUAUCAUCACUGUCCACGCUUGCCCUGAUAUCAAAUAUGCCAAGCGUAUUGCUGUUCUUCCCAUUGCCGACACUGUUGAGGGUCUGACCGGGUCUCUCUUUGACGUUUACCUUGCUCCUUACUUCCGUGAUGGAUACAGGCCCGUGAAGCAGGGAGAUCUCUUCACAGUAAGAGGUGGUAUGCGGCAAGUUGAAUUCAAAGUUGUCGAGGUGGACCCCCCAGAGUUCGGUAUCGUUGCUCCGGAUACCAUUAUUCACAGCGAGGGUGAACCGAUUCAGCGUGAGGAUGAGGAGAACAACUUGAACGAAGUCGGCUAUGAUGACAUUGGUGGAUGCCGCAAGCAGAUGGCCCAGAUCCGUGAGUUGGUCGAGCUGCCGCUUCGUCACCCUCAACUGUUCAAGUCUAUUGGUAUCAAGCCUCCUCGUGGUAUCCUCAUGUACGGUCCUCCCGGUACGGGUAAGACUCUGAUGGCUCGUGCGGUGGCCAACGAGACUGGUGCUUUCUUCUUCCUGAUCAACGGUCCUGAGAUCAUGUCCAAGAUGGCUGGUGAAUCAGAGUCGAACCUCCGCAAGGCUUUCGAGGAAGCUGAGAAGAACUCGCCCGCUAUCAUCUUCAUCGAUGAAAUCGAUUCGAUCGCGCCCAAGCGUGAGAAGACCAACGGAGAGGUUGAGCGCCGUGUUGUCUCCCAGCUUCUGACCCUGAUGGACGGUAUGAAGGCUCGCUCCAACGUCGUCGUCAUGGCCGCCACCAACCGCCCCAACUCCAUUGACCCCGCUCUUCGCCGGUUCGGUCGCUUCGACCGUGAAGUCGACAUUGGUAUUCCUGACCCCACUGGUCGUCUUGAGAUUCUCUCCAUCCACACCAAGAAUAUGAAGCUUGGCGAGGAUGUCGACCUGGAGACCAUUGCUGCUGAGACUCACGGUUACGUUGGUUCCGAUCUUGCUUCUCUCUGUUCUGAGGCUGCCAUGCAGCAGAUUCGUGAGAAGAUGGACCUCAUCGAUCUCGACGAAGACACUAUCGAUGCGGAGGUCUUGGACUCCCUUGGUGUUACCAUGGAGAACUUCCGCUAUGCCCUUGGCGUCUCCAACCCCUCCGCUCUUCGCGAGGUUGCUGUCGUCGAGGUUCCCAACGUCCGGUGGGAGGACAUUGGUGGUCUCGAGGAAGUCAAGCGCGAGCUUAUCGAGAGCGUCCAAUACCCUGUUGACCACCCCGAAAAGUUCCAGAAGUUCGGUCUGUCACCUUCUCGCGGAGUUCUGUUCUAUGGUCCUCCUGGUACUGGUAAGACCAUGCUUGCCAAGGCUGUUGCCAACGAGUGUGCUGCAAACUUCAUCUCUGUUAAGGGUCCUGAGUUGCUGAGCAUGUGGUUUGGUGAGUCUGAGAGCAACAUUCGUGAUAUCUUCGACAAGGCUCGUGCGGCCGCUCCUUGCGUAGUUUUCCUCGAUGAGUUGGAUUCUAUCGCCAAGUCCCGUGGUGGCUCCGUCGGAGAUGCUGGUGGUGCUUCCGACCGUGUCGUAAACCAGCUUCUCACUGAAAUGGAUGGAAUGACCUCCAAGAAGAACGUUUUCGUCAUUGGUGCUACCAACAGACCCGAGCAGCUCGACGCUGCCCUGGUGCGUCCCGGCCGUCUUGACACUCUUGUCUACGUUCCUCUGCCCGACCAGGCUUCUCGCGAGGGUAUCCUCAAGGCUCAACUGCGCAAGACCCCUGUCGCUUCCGAUGUCGACAUUCCCUUCAUCGCCAGCAAGACCCACGGAUUCUCCGGUGCCGAUCUUGGAUUUGUUACCCAGCGUGCCGUCAAGCUUGCUAUUAAGGAGUCUAUCUCUCUUGACAUUGAACGCCAGAAGCAGCGCGAAGCUGCGGGUGAGGAUGUAAAGAUGGAAGAUGAGGAGGAGGGCGAAGAUCCCGUUCCUGAACUCACACGAGCUCACUUUGAAGAGGCCAUGAAGACUGCGCGACGAUCCGUCAGCGAUGUGGAGAUCCGCCGAUAUGAAGCAUUCGCCCAGAGCCUGAAGAACUCUGGUGGCAGCAGCUUCUUCCGCUUCCCUUCUGCAAAUGAAGUUGCGGAUGAGAACAACACAUUUGGUGAAGCCGGUAAUGACGACAGCCUCUACGAUUAA